AUGAGCUCGCAAACCUCCGACCGAUGCGACCCGGACAACUCACAAGCCUCACAAUCAAGCGUGGGCAACUCGAAUCCAGAAAACUCACAAGUCUCACAAACGAGCUUGAACAAUUCGAAUCGCACGAGUUCCAAUGCCCAGACCACUUCCGAUGGCCGUCAAAACGGGUCCUCGAGCCAAGGUGAUGGCCGUGUGUCGAGCACCAACCUUAGCGGCUCCGAGCGCAUUUAUCCAAUUCGAUCCCUGGUAUCAAUGAACCCAGCGUAUGUCUCAUCGCCGCCAGCACUGGAGGACGUGAUUGAGGCCUCAAGCCAGCCCGAGGACCCACCGAUCCCGGCGACAAAUGCACCUCUCCACUCAAGGAAUCCCCCUUCAAACUACUUCAACCCCUUAGUCUCGCAGAAGAGUGUUUCUGUCAACGAUGAAAUUUCUUCGAACACGCCCGCCACUGGAGAUCUCGAUCAUACCAGGGAAUAUUUUGGCCCCAUAGAGCCUGAAAGUAGAGAGUCGGCACCGCCAGAGAACCAAGCAUACGUAACCUCCCGGUUCGAGCACGCAUUUUCGGAGAAUGGGCAUACUGUGAUGCUCGGUGAUAGCAAGAAGACUCUCAAACGUUGCGAAGAUGAGCCCAUCCGCACCCCCGGUGCCAUUCAAGGUUACGGGGUCUUGGUUGCCUUGAGAGAGGAAUCGCCUAACCAACUGGUCGUUCGCGCUGUCAGCGAAAAUUCCGAAAAGAUAAUGGGCUUAUCACCGCAAAGCCUGUUUGGUAUGGAAAGCUUCACUGAUGUUUUGAAAGAAGACCAACAGGCCAUCUUUUUGGAACACCUCGACAACGUUCGAGACGACUCAUAUGACCUGACUAUCGAUGGCCCUGAGGUUUUUCUCGUUGCAAUCCAAGGAACAACCGGUAAUCUGACCCGAUAUUGGUGUGCGACCCAUGUUAGCCAGGAAAACAAGGAUAUCAUCAUUUGCGAAUUUGAGUUGGAGGACGACCAACUGAACCCGUUAAACAUUGAGAGUGAAAAUCUCCCGGCGACUCCCACGAAUACUUUACGAACAAACCCGCCUCCAAGUGAAGAACAAUAUUUUAAGAGCACAACCAGCGCAAGUAAUUCAGUGCGCUCUAUACGUGACGCACGGCGGCGAAAGGGCGAAGCUGCCGCAAUACAAGUCUUUGGUACACUCUCUCAGAUCCAAGCGCAGCUUGCACAGGAGACAGACCACGACACAUUACUCCAAGUUGCUGCGGGUCUUGUCAAGGAGUUGGUCGGAUUCCACCGAGUCCUCGUUUACGAGUUCGACCACCGAGCGAAUGGCCGGGUAGUAGCUGAGUUGAUGGACCCGGAUGCUACUCUGGACUUGUAUCGAGGCCUUCAUUUCCCCGCCUCCGACAUUCCAGCCCAGGCCCGCGAGCUCUACAAAAUCAACAAAGUCCGACUACUUUACGACCGAGAUCAUGUCACUGCCCGGUUGGUUUGUCGGACUUUUGAGGAUUUAGAAACGCCCCUCGACAUGAGCCAUGCCUACCUUCGAGCCAUGUCACCAAUUCACGCGAAAUACCUUGCGAAUAUGGAAGUGCGUUCGUCAAUGUCCAUCAGUAUCAAUGCGUACGACAAACUUUGGGGCCUCAUUUCUUGCCAUUCAUACGGCGAACAGGGUAUGCGGGUUUCCUUCCCAAUUCGGAAACUAUGUCGCUUGGUCGGAGACACAGUUGCCCGAAACAUCGAACGUAUCAACCACGCCUCUGACCUCCAGGCUCGCGUGAUGAUGGAUUCUGUUCCGAAAGAAGCCGAUCCAUCAAAAUACAUCGUCGGAACCUCAGACGACCUGUUGCGGCUUUUCCAAGCUAACUUCGGUAUACUCUCCAUUGGGAAUGAAGCUAAGCUUUUCGGUGAUAAGUCAAAUUCUCAAGAGGCGCUUGCUCUUUUACAAUACAUCCGUUUACGAAAGAUCACAUCAGUCCUCUCUUCGCACGAUAUCGGAAAAGACUUCCCUGACUUUGCUUUCCCUCCGGGACUGAAACGGAUAUCGGGCUUGUUAUGUGUUCCGAUGGGCCCUGGUGGGUCCGAGUUCAUUCUUUUCUUCCGUGCUGGUAAAAUGACCAUAAUCAAUUGGGCUGGAAAUCCGCACAAACCCGCAGGCGCUGGUAUUGGGCCCCUAACACCGCGUCAAAGCUUCAAAGAAUACCGUGAGAUCGUCUUGAGCGAGUCAACGCACUGGUCUGAACAGGAUAUUUCCACAGCCGCUAUACUCGGAUCUGUCUACGGGAAGUUUAUUCAAGUCUGGCGACAAAAAGAAGUUCUCAAGCAGAACUCCCAGCUUACGCGCUUGCUGCUAUCCAAUUCAGCCCACGAAGUACGCACCCCGUUGAAUGCAAUCAUCAACUAUUUGGAGAUUGCCAUGGAAGGUGCUUUGGAUCAGGAAACUCGUGACAACUUGAUCCGCUCACACUCAGCUUCCCGGUCUCUUGUCUACAUUGUCAAUGACCUUCUUGACCUUGCGACUGAAAGUGGACAGCAGCUUGUCAAGAAUGAAUCGUUCGAGCUGGAGCCCACGCUGAAUGAUGCUUUCGAGAUGCUGGCUGUGGAAGCCAAGCGAAAAGACAUUUCCUACACAUUCAAAGUGCGCUCCGAACUUCCAGAUAAAGUUUUCGGGGAUCAGCGUCGCUUGCGCCAGAUUUUCGUCAAUCUUAUCGCGAAUGCCAUCGAAAAUACAUCAAAAGGAGGUGUGCGCGUUGAGGCCCAGGUAUCUGAUGCCGAUGACGACCACGCAUCACUUGAGAUGUCAGUUGUCGACACAGGCGCAGGUAUGUCGAAAGCUAGACUCGAGCAGCUCUUUCGUGAACUUGAAGAAGUGUACGCGGAUGAGCAUUGGAUUGGACGCGGGAAUGAUGACGCAGAUUCAGACGGUGAAAGCAAUCGUGUCCUGGGUAUCGGUCUUGCAUUGACUGCUCGUAUCGUACACACGAUGCGUGGACAGCUCAUUGUCAAGUCUACAGAGGGCAAAGGCAGUCGUUUCAAAAUUAUUCUCCCAUUUCAACUUCCAGGAGAUUCAUCCUCGACGCUCUCGCAGAACCAGUCAAGCACCGAUUAUCUUGAUAUGCCAGCAUCACCGUCAAUGCUGGAAGGAGAAAUCACUUCGAUGUUUGGUGAUGACAAAAGUCAAACCGAAGCUAUGGACCCGGAAUCCCACAUUAGUCCUGACUCUGAUGAGAAGGGUCAACCUAUUCCACACGAACACUCCCUACCACUCAACCCCGUUCCUGAUCGUCGGGUCAGCAUAGAUCAAAACCAUCACAGACCUUCACGUCUCCUCAUAGAGCCUGAUGAAGCCCAGCACAUACAUACCCUGCAUCCAAGUCCACAACAAAGGCCAGACGAGGAAAGCUCUCAAGAACGUCCCGCGAUGUCGAAAGACAGUGCAUCACCUACACCCUCCAGAAAAAAGACCUUGAAUGUCCUCGUUGCAGAAGACAAUCCGGUCAAUAGCAAGAUUUUGGAGAAAAGAUUGACUAAACUCGGCCAUUCAGUCCGACUUACCACCAAUGGCAAAGCAUGCGUAGAUGAAUUCUCGUCCGGGAGCCAAGCCACCGAUGUGAUCCUCAUGGAUAUUCAGAUGCCCAUUGUCGACGGAAUGACAGCUACAACCAUGAUCCGCGAGGCCGAGUCCAACAACUCAUCAUCUUCAGACAAAAAUCAAGACAGUCCACCAAGCAGGGUCGCCAUUUUCGCAGUAUCAGCGUCUAUUUCCGAAGAGAACGAGAAGGAUUACAUUGAUGCCGGGUUUGAUGGCUGGGUCAUGAAACCGAUUGACUUUUCAAGGCUCAACACACUGCUGGCUGGCACACAUGAUGCCGAGGCUCGCGCAGGCGCUCCCAAGGCUAAGGAAUGGGAAAAUGGCGGGUGGUUUGAUCACGGCGUCAUCACUGAGGCAGAGUGA